AUGUCGAAAGUCGUGAGAAGUGUUAAAAAUGUCACAAAGGGAUACAGUAGUGUUCAGGUCAAGGUGCGAAAUGCUACCUCCAACGAUCCAUGGGGCCCGACGGGUACGGACAUGGCUGAGAUUGCAGCCCUCACAUUCAACAACCCGAGUGACUUCUACGAGAUCAUGGAUAUGCUCGAUAAGCGGCUAAACGACAAAGGCAAGAACUGGCGACAUGUGCUGAAGUCAUUGAAAGUCCUUGACUAUUGUCUGCACGAGGGCUCGGAACUGGUGGUCACCUGGGCUAGAAAGAACAUUUACAUCAUCAAGACAUUGCGAGAGUUCCAAUAUAUUGAUGAGGAUGGCAGAGACGUGGGACAAAACGUCCGCACAUCUGCCAAAGAAUUGACUGCACUCAUCCUGGACGAGGAUCGUCUGCGCAGCGAACGCUCCGACCGCAAAUUGUGGAAGGCCCGUGUCGCGGGAAUUGACGAAUACGCAAAGCAGGCCAUCGCUGGUCCUACCUAUCCUCAACGCAGUCAAAAGCGUAACGAUCAAGCAGACGAUAUUCCACCUGAGGAGGAAAUCCAAAUUAGAAAGGCAAUUCGUGAUAGCGCCGAAGACGAGGCUCGCAGGCGUCAAAACGAGCAGGAUGAUGAACAAGAUCCGGAUGUCCUGAGAGCGAUACAGCUCAGUAAGGAGGAAGCGGAGCAACGUGCCCGGAAGCUUGAGGAGCAAAACGCUGCUUUACUUGUGGAUGACACGCCCGCGCCACCACCAGCGCAGAAUCAGCCAACUGGAUACAAUCAGGGCUACCAACAACAGCCUGCUGUGGAUUGGUUUGGUAAUCCACUUCAACAGCAACCACAGAGCACCGGCUUCUUGAACAACCAAUACGCCCAGCCACAGCAGACAGGGUUUCAAAACGGGUUCGCCAAUGGCUUUCAGCCUGUCCAUCCAACAGGAUAUGAUCAAUUCGGCCAGCCACCAUUCUUGCAGCAGCAGAACACUAUCCAACCUCAGCAGACUGCGUUUCAGACCAAUAAUCCGUAUGGUGUGCAGCCUUCUGGUGACCUGUUCGGAAUCCAGUCACCUCAGCAAAAUCACCUCCAGCCUGGAACAAACAACCCUUGGGCCAGUCCAUCACCCCAAACCCCGGCUGCACUCAAGCCGUUGCCUACUGGGUCCAAUAAUCCCUUCGCACAGAGAGCGCAGCAGUCAUCCCCAUCGCCCUUCGCCCGGCCAAGCACUCAGCCUUCGCUGGGCACUCUGUUCGAGUCGCAGCCCACCACGCAAUUCACCCAGCCUUCCCAACCCAAUCCAAUCACGAGUUACUCAGCACCGCAGCCGACCUUCCAGCACCAAGCCAACCCAAUCACGAAUUACACAGCACCACAGCCGACCUCCCAGCAACAACAAAAGCCAGUCAAUCCACAACAUGCCAAGCUCAAUGCCUUGUUGGCUUCAGGGGAAGGGCAGGAUACAUUUGGAAACACAGGCGAUCUGCGUAUUCCAGCCCAACAUACCGCACCAGGAACGUUUGUCAAUUCGGCUGGGCAAGGUCUCGAUCGCCUGCGCGCCGCACAAACCGGCACCAACCCUUUCUUUUCAGCCCAGGCUACCGGGUUUGGCCAACAAAUGCCAGCUCAAACCGGGCCAGGUAGUGCAUUCGCGGGCGGGUAUGGUCAGCAGAAUAAUCCGUACGGAGCUCGGCUGGCUGGUCAACAGGGCGGGAGUUUGAUUGACCUGUAA